UUCGACGGGCUUCGAACGAUGCUAUAAGUAUAAAUAUAUGUCUUGAGAUGCAAAUAAAAAUUGAUUUAACAGGACUUUUACCGAAUUAUAUAUUCAUUUUGCUGAUUACCCAUCUCCAUAGUUUAUGAACAUUAAAGAGGUUAAAAGUGGCUUUGAACUUUAAUCCUUUGGAUAACGAAGACGGCAUCCUGAUGUAUUGUGCUCAAAGUGACGAAGGAUUAGGAGACUUUGUGGCACUAGUAAUCAAGGAAAAACGCGUCGAGUUCCGGUACGACAUUGGUUCUGGUCCUGCAAUCAUUACAUCAAAUCAUAUCCUUCAGCCAGGUGUAUGGACGCAUGUAUCCAUAAAUAGGGACUUCAAAGAAGGAAAUUUAACUGUGAAUGGAGAACCUACAGUAAUAGGCAAAUCUCCAGGAAGUGAUCGCAUUAUGACACUUAAUACACCCCUCUACAUUGGAGGUGUUGAUCGCAGAAAAAUCACAAUAAACAAAAAUGCUGGUGUGAAUAAAACUUUUCGAGGUUGCAUCAGUGAUCUUGGAGUUUCUUCAAUAAAUGUAGACAUACUAAAAUCAGCUAUAGACUCAGCAAAUAUAGAUGAUUGUAACGUUUUGCAUCCUAAUCAAAUUAAAAUAACUACUGUAAUCACCACAACAUCAUCUACUACGACUCCCUAUAAUCCGUGUGCCUCGAAUCCCUGCAUUCAUGGAAUAUGUCAAAAUACUGACUCUUAUGACUAUUCUUGCACUUGUGAAUAUGGCUAUGUAGGCAGAAACUGUGAGAACAUUCUAAAACAAUGUGAGCUACUUCUUCCCUGUAGAAAUGGAGGCACGUGUACAGAUCUCCAUGGAUCUUACAAAUGCGAUUGUCAACUGGGUUAUAAUGGACAAAAUUGUGAAAAACUCGCAGAAAUAACAUAUGACGUUGCAUUCAGAGGAGAUGGCUGGUUAGAAUUGGAUAAGAAUGUAAUGAUACAUGAAGAAGAGCGUGAAGUAUUAGGUUUUGAAAUUUCAACGAAUAAGACUAGGGGAUUAAUCAUGUGGCAUGGACAGAUACCAAGUAAUUUGAAUCCUGAUCAUUAUAUGGCUCUUGCUGUGGUUGAUGGCUAUGUAGAAUAUCAAUAUGAUUUAGGAACAGGUCCAGUAGUGAUUCGUGUCACUGCACAGAAAGUAGAUGAUGGAGAAAGACAUAGAAUAAUUUUAAAACGCCAAGGAAGUGAUGGUAGUAUUGAAUUAAAUGGUGAACAUAUGGAAAGUAGUACUAGUUAUGGAACACAACAAGAUUUAAACACUAGAGGUAAUGUGUACUUGGGAGGAGUGCCGGAUUAUGCUAUGACUUAUGGAAAAUAUCAAGAAGGAUUUUCUGGUUGCAUUUAUACUAUGGAAGUGCAAGAUUCUGGAGCCAUAGACAUCGGAGACAAAGCUAUAAGGGGAAAAAAUGUUUCACCAUGUACUAGAGCAAGAUGGAUUCCUUCUUCUUUGGUAUUUACUAAUGCAGACACUGAUAUGUUCGAUGCAUUCGUUCCUCCACCUCCUGUUAAUAUAAUUCACCCAAAACCAGCGGCCAAUUUAGCUGCUUAUAAUAUCAAACAUUAUUCGUUGUUAAUUUUAUUUCAAAAUCUGCUCGCUUUUAUCAUAGAUGUAAGAAAAAAAAGCGUAUUUUUUACAAUAUUAUAUAUAGACAUUUUGAAAUAUAUACUAAGUUAAAUGUUAUUUUUCAAAUGAAUAUGUAUUUCUUCAUUAAAGCAUUUUAUAACGAAGAAUUACGUAUUCAAUUAUAAUUCGUGAAAAUUAAUUGAAAGAUUAAAUUUGUAAAUUAUUUAUUACUUCAUUAAGAUUGAAGGCAAGAUAAAUAAUAUUUAAUAAUAUUUUAUAAUAAAAAUUACUGAUUUUAAAUAACAAUUUUCUUUUUUUUUAUUAUUAUUAUAAUUAUUUAAGCAAUAGACUUUCAAUAAGAUUUGGAUUUCAUAAAGAUAUGAAAAAGUUUAUUUACGAUAAAGGACAAUUUAAAUAUUUUCUUCAUUGUGAAAGUAAGCGUGAUAAAUGUUAUAUAAACAGAUUUAUAUCUGUACAUAUAUAAAUUACAUUUCUGACAAUUUAUAAUUAUAUUUUAUACAAAUCUUUGUUUUUAUAAAAUAAGCUAGAUUUCUUUUUCUCUUUUUUUGAAUUUUUUUUUUACUUGACAAUAAUAUUUUUUUAAAUUAAUUAAUUUUCACAUUGAAAAAAGAAAUAAAAUGAACAUUGAGGCGACUGUGAAUACAAUAAUAUUAUAUUAUAUCUCAUAUAAGUUUUCACUGCCAUUGUCUGAUUCGUUUUUUAUAGGAAUUUUCCAGUUUUUAAUAUAUGUUAAUUAUAUAUUAGCAAACUCUAAUUAUGAUUCUAAUUAAAUUAUCUUUGAAUUAAAAAUGAGAAGGCCUAGAUAUAAUAAUAAAUCAAUGCCUUCAAUAUACAAAAAAUUGUAAAAAAUGAUUUAUGUUUUAGAAUGAAAUUUUUGUCAAUAUUUAUCUAGACCAAAUAUAGGCCCUAUUAUUGAUUGUUUAAUAGCUAUAAGAAUUGUUUUUUUAUCAAAACAUUUCGAUCUCCAUUUAUGUGAUAUUAACGAAGAAAAAUUACUUACAAAUAUUUGCAUAGUUAAAAUACGGUGCUAGUAUGAUAUGUUGCUAGUUCUAAGGAAAUUUGUAUUUAACAAAAUACGAUAAACAUAUGUAAAUAAUUAUAAUUAGUCUCCCGAACCUUCACACAUUUUCUUACAUUCUAUAUAACCGUUAUUUCUCAAAAAAAAUAUCGUAUUAUCGAUAAUAUUGUUAAGAAAAAGAAAUAGAUAUGGAAUGAAUAAUAUGACAAAGAAUAUAUUUAAUUAUCAAAUAUUAUAACAAUAUAUUAUUGUUUCAUUUUUUUUAUGUAAUCGCUUAUUAAAUUAUCAAUUAACAAAUGCAAAUUGCUUUACAUAAAAAAUAUCAAUUUUUAAAACGUUUUUUAAAUUUGUAUAACAAACAAAAUGUGAUAAUUCUAAUAUGACUUAAUUCUGAUGCACAACAUAAAAUUUUAUUAUUUUAUUUUAAAUAAUAAUAUAUAUUCUCUCUUCAUUUCAAUCUAUUCUUUGAUUUUAAGAUAAAAUAAUAAAUAGAUAGAAAUAUUCAAACAGAAUUAUGAUAUGAUAUAUGAUAAAAAGCUUUGUCAGUAUUAAGAUUUGUAAAUGAUCAUGUACAGGCAUAAUGAAAUUAUUGUAAUAUUGCUGAAAUAUUGCUGGAAUUUUUUUUUAUUACUCGACUUGAAUGCUUUAGGUAUGUCAAUGCAAGUAUUAAUUGCAACAUUAUACAUAUUUAUUAUCUACUACAUUUCAUACAUAUGUAUAUAUACACAUAUUAUAAUAAGUAAAUAUACAAAUAAGUGUAUAAUCUGAAUCAACUGAAAGUAAUCAUAUAUGAAAGUAUAGUCUAUUGUUAUAUGAAUAAUUCUUCAAAAUGAAAUGAGACAAUAAAUAUAAUUUUGUUAAAAACUUUUCUUAA